AUGACGCUUCUCAGCCGCCGCCACCAGAUCAGCCUUCAGCAUCACCGAGAGCAGUUGCCAAGGCCUUAUUCACCUCCUUCAGGGCCUUGUUCUCCUCCUUCAAAGGUUGGACUCGGCCCCUCAGCUUCGCCAGGUCCUCCUGCUGCUUGGGCCACUUAUGCUUCUAGUGAUCCACAAUUUCCAUCAUCCUCUGUAACUCCUCCUUCAAAGGUUGGACUCGGCCCCUCAGCUUCGCCAGGUCCUCCUGCUGCUUGGGCCACUUAUGCUUCUAGUGAUCCACAAUUUCCAUCAUCCUCUGUAAGAAGACCUCAACAGAAUCAAGGCCUUCCACUGGCCCGGCCGUCUCGAUCAUGGCCUGAUCAGUCGUGCUCAACGAAUCCUGGGAGAAGAAUCUCUCCGAGGUCGCCCCCACGCUCCACAGGGAAUCUAUAUCCUCUGAAGCGCUCACAUGGUCCAGACACAUUCGAGAGCGAUCCUUCCCGAAGCGAUGGGCGAGGUAUUGGCUUUUGGGGGGCCCCUUCGACGGGCCAGACGGUGGUGCCGAGGUCGCUAGAUUAG